GCUAAAUCUUGUUCUAGCAAAAUGUGCUAAGCCUCCAAUGUUUGUGUUUACGUAUUAUCAUUUCAAUUAGCAAUUCAUUUUCUGUUUUAUUGUAUGUGUGCCUUUAUUUCAAGCUUUUAUUCUUUCAUCUUCGUUCAAGAAUAAUUGAAUUGACCCUUCUUAUGGCGAUCUUCUUUAUCCAUACUCUCGCAAUGAUUUCCUGACAAAAAAUGAAGAAUUCAUGUUACAUUGUAGGGAUGACUUUCUUUCAUGGUCAACUACCAGUGUAAUCCUGGAAGCCUUGCUUCAUUUUAAUAGAAAUGAUUGAGAAGUAGAACUGUCUCUCUUAAAGACGCCAGCUAGUGCCUACCUGUCAAAAUGGCAUCGCCAGAUUCCUCGAUGGAUGGGUCUAGUAGUGGAGAGGCCCUUCCAAGGAGUUUCUCAGGCAACGAUCGAAAUCGAGAAAACUCAUCCCGCGAUUAUGACAGUUUUAAGCAGCCGGGAGACAAAGCCAUGCAUGAGCUUCAAGUGCUGCGGAGGCAACACAGUGAAGCUGUUCGUCGAUGUGAACACACAAUGAAAGAACUGGACUAUUAUCGAAAUCAGCACCAUGCAGCCAUGUCGCAGCUUGAGGCAGCCGCUAAAGAAUCAUCCAGUCUUCGAACCAUGUACUCUGAGUUGAUAAGGGACAAGCAAAGAUUGGACAGAGAAGUAACUGAGCUGCAGACAAGCAUUUGUAAUCAGCAGGAUGUCAUCGUGGCUGAAAAUGGAAACUCAGAUUCCAUUAAUCAACAUUUUAUUUCAACCCUCAGCAAGUAUGAAGUUGUGAAGGAUGAGUACGAGUCAUUGAGGAAACGAUAUGAUGAUUUAAUAUCAUCUCAUUCUUCCGCUGUCGACAAAUUGGAACUUGCCCAAGAGGAAGUGGGGCGAUUGAAGAACCAAUGCGAAGAAAUGGUGAAAGAAAGAAAUUCUGUGUUAAGAGAGCGAAACGGUCUGAAACAACAAUGCACUGCAGUAAUUCGUCAGUGGGACAUGGCUUUACAUGAACGUAAUGAGGUCCAGGCAGCUUUGAAAGCGUUACAAGAGAAGCAUGAUAAGGCUGUGAAAGAAUUCAAUGCAGCGAUGGCUGUCAGAAUGAAAGCAAGUGAAGAUUUAAAAUGGUUAACCGAAGAAAGGAAUGCUGCAAUGGCUGAGUAUAACCUUGUUAUGAGUGAAAGAGACUCGGUACACAAAGAAAUUGAAAAACUUUCCGAAGACCUUUCAGUUGCUUUCAACAAAAAUCAAGCCCUUGAAGCAGAAAUGAAAGAAUCUAUUGAAGAAAAAAAAGCUCUAACGUACCACAUUGAAACUCUGAAACGUGAAAUUGCCUCUGCAUUGCAUGACCGUGACAAAGCUUUAAAAGAGUGCAACGACUUGCGAGAAAAAUUUGGUGAAUUCACAGCCAAGGAAGAGUCACAAAGAGAAGCGAUGAAGAGCAGAUUCGAGUAUGCCUACAGCAGAGAAAGAGACACAACAAGAAACGAUGCAAGAGAAGUGGAGGCAGCAUCAAUUGAUAUGUUUGUGAAAUCGCAAAAGGAGCGAAUGGACAACCUGGAUCAGGCGAAUCAAGAAAUAGACCGUUUGACCAAGCAGAAUGAGAAACUUCAAGCUGAGUUACAAGAGGCACUGCAAGAAGCGCAAGUAUCGAAACGUCGCCGAGACUGGGCUUUCAGUGAGCGAGAUAAAAUAAUGUGGGAACGUGAAAGCAUUCGCACAUUAUGUGAUCAGUUAAGGAAGGAGCGUGAUAGAGCUGUCUCAGAUCUAGCUGAGGCAUUACGUGACUCAGAUGACAUCAAGAAGCAAAAAAAUGAAACUACCAAAGAACUUAAAGUGCUCAAGGAAAAAAUGGAAGCUCAGUUAGAGAAAGAAUCCCGAAUCUUACAAUUCCACUCUACUGAGCAUAGUCACAGUCAUGAUUCUGCAAUAGACACUGACUUGGCUGAGUGGGAUACUGAAACGGUCAAUAUUAACUUGAGUGGUCUGGGAAGUGAAGAGGAUCUUGGGUUUGAAUUAAUUGGUGGCAGAGAUGACCCAUAUUUUGCCAACGAUAGCGCUAUUUAUGUAGCUAAUGUAGUCAAAGGAAGUAUAACUGACGGGAAACUAAGGGCAAAUGACUGCAUCAUGCGAGUAAAUAAUUUUGACUGUAGCAAUGUUAGCAAGCGUAUGGUUGUUGAAACAAUCAAGUCCAGCUCAUCAAAUUCAGUUGUCUUGGUAGUAAAAAGAAGAAGAAUUGGUGCCAGAAGUUUGUUUACAACACAUUUACAGCUAAAUAACUAUGAGCAUGGCCUAACGUUAGAAAAUGGUUACUACAUCAGCAGGAUAAGUCCUGGUUCAUUAGCAGCCAAAGAAGGGAAUUUAGCUAUUGGUGACAGAGUAUUAAGCAUCAAUAACAGACCAUUAGAUGGUGUGGGUAGUCUUCGAGAAGCAAUGGCUUUACUGAAUGAGCCGGGAAAUUUGCUAACCCUUACUACCUUGAAAACAACUCACUGCUCCAGUAACUGUAGGGCAGAGAUGUCCAAUCGUGACGUUUACAAAAAGUAUACCAAUAGCAGCUCGCAAACUGAAAAUAAGCCCACUUACAUGUGGUACAGUGAGAAGCCAAUCUAUGAAGUCCCAGAGAAACCAGCGUUAGAAAAACCUUCUACUUCAAACAAAUGGGAUUUGAUCUGUGAUAAAAUGGACGUAGUCCAUGGGCGCUGCGGAAGGUCCUUAAAAGAAGAGAAAAAACACAUACAUGAUCGUGAUGCAUCUCCAGUUCCUUUUGACCAAGAGCGAGAUGAUGCUAUUGCGGAACUAGAUUCGGUCAUCGAUUCGUAUCAUUGCAAACAUAGUCACCAUCAUAAAAGUAAAGAGAUGGACAAGAACGGAGGCACAUGGCCAAAAGUGAGAGGAGGACCUCUCAUCGAACACAAAACGGGGACAAUCAUGCAUCCUAGAAAGAAUAAAGAGCGACUCCCUCUAUCCGUUUUGUUGAACAAUCCCCCAAACUAUAAUUUUCCACCUUGCUGUCAGAGACCAGAAGAACAGCGAAGUUCAAUUGCGCAGAAGGAUGGGGGCAUUGACUUCUCAGUCAAGUCAGGAAACAUCGGUAAAGAAGUUUUAGAGUAUUACGUGAAGAAGAAAACACCAAAACAAUACCAGUCCUCGGAUACCGAAUCCAAUGCAGACUCCCAGUCACACAGUCGAAUUCACUCUCAACUCUACGGCACUCCGCACUAUCCGUUUACACCUUUUUUGCAUCCAGUUUCGCAUUCUCAUGCUCACAAUCGUUAUUCAUCGCUCACUCAUCAAAGUAAUGAACCCGUAUCACUCUCGGAUCCAAGGUCUUAUUGCUUCGAACCCUCAGUUCCUUCUUACAGUCCGCUUUCAUCGUUUCAUCACACUCACUCUCCGUCUGUCGAUUCCGCAUAUCAUAAAUCUAAGUCAAUUGUACCUGCUCAUUCUCAUCCUGGAGGGUGUCGAGCCCAUGAUGAUCUUCCUGUCCCAGAGUCAUAUCAACCUUAUCAUGGUGGCACCUUUCCCAGGAAGAAAGAAAACCAAAGAUUUCGGAUCCCAUCCAACCCUAGCGUUGCAAGCAAGAGCAGCGGAGGAAAAGUUUCUACCGGUAGUAUUGAGAAGUCAUCGGAAAGAGGGAGUCCAAUGCCUACCUUUCACGUUGAAGUGCUGAGUUCCGGUUCUCGCCAAAAUAAAAGGAACUCGUUACCUGAUUACUGUUGGUCUCAAAAACCUUUACCAGGAGAAUUACGCCGUGUCCAUAUCGACAAGUCAGUGGAGCCUCUUGGAAUACAGAUAUCCUGUCUGAAAAGUGGUGGUGUUUUUGUAUCCACAGUUAGCGAGCACAGUUUAGCCUCCCAAGUUGGCCUUCAGGUUGGAGAUCAACUUCUUGAAGUUUGUGGAAUCAACAUGAGGAGUGCUACUUAUCAACUUGCUGCAAAUGUUUUGAGACAGUGUGGCAAUUCUAUCACUAUGCUUGUACAGUACAGUCCUGAUAAGUAUCAUGAGCUUGAGGGUGGAAGUUCGAGCAGUGGUGAAAGUAGAUCUGACACUCCUACUCCAUGCAAUUCUCCAGAAUCCCGACGUAAGAGUAAUCCAGCUGUAGGACACACCAUUUCAACUUUAACCCGACAGAAAACCUCAGACAGUGAUGGUCCAAGGUAUUUAACUAUGGAAACUGGGAAGUGCAGCAAUCUGGGAAUAAGUUUAGUAGGAGGAAAUGCUGUCGGCAUUUACGUUCAUAGCGUCCAAAUUAGUUCUUUAGCUUAUAACGCUGGUUUGCGGACUGGCGAUCGAAUUUUAGAGUACAAUUCAACAAAUUUACGACAAGCUACCGCAGAAGAAGCAGCAUAUGAACUUGCUAAACCUGCGGAUAAAGUAACUGUUUUAGCUCAAUAUAACAUUGACAGGUACAACGAAAUAAAAGACAAGCCAGGAGAUAGUUUCUACAUUCGAGCAAUGUUCGAUAGAACUGGUGAGCUGGGAGAUGAUUUACAAUUAAGGUUCCACAAAGAUGAUGUCCUGUAUGUUGACAACACCAUGUUCAACGGAAUACCAGGAAACUGGCGUGCAUGGCUUGUUGAUCAAGAUGGCUACCAGCACCAAUGUGGUAUCAUACCUAGCAAAUACAAGGUGGAAGAAGAAUUAUUGCUGAGACGUAGCCUUGGAGAUCUUGAAGGCAGGACAACAAGACGAAGUUUUUUUAGGCGAAAGAAGCACCAGCGCAGUGACUCCAAAGAACUUGCAAGUUUUUCUAGUAUAAAUCUGGGAUGGUACAGUGACUCAGGAUCCCUAAACGAAGAAACAGCCUUAGCCUCUUACCAAAAAGUUGUCAGACUUGACUCGGAACCUGUAUUUAGGCCUGUGAUAAUUGUGGGACCACUGUCAGACUGUGUAAUAGAGAAAUUAAUUCAAGAUUUCCCCGAUAAAUUCCUACGCUGUGUACCAGAAAUAAUGCAUUGCUCUCAGUCAACUAUUGAGAAAGGUUUAAACGACAACCUUUUCAUUGACUACCGCAAAAAAGGAUCAUAUUUUGAGUGUGUGACAGCUGCAGCUGUCAAGGAUUCCUGUGAUAAAAAUUGUCAUUGUGUGCUGGACGUCGGGUUGACAAGUGUAGAACGACUUCAUCGUCAUCAAGUUUAUCCUAUUGUUCUACUCAUUAAAUUUAAGUCGCCGAAACAAAUAAGGGAAGUUAAGGACUCGCGAUUCCCUCUGGACAAAGUUGGUGCUAAAGCUGCUAAGGAAAUGUAUGAACACGCGCUUAAAAUUGAAGUUGAAUACAAGCAUUUCAUUUCAGCUGUCAUUCCUGCUGGAGUAAAUGUUGCAUACAUGUGCACUCAGAUUAAAUCAGCUGUCGAUUCGGAACAAGCGAAAACGUUGUGGGUACCUUGUGCAAACAACAUGUAAGUUCUCUGAAUCCACUGUUUGCUCACCUGAUACAUCAGUCUCAUUGCGUCAUUAAGCAAGGAUUAGAAAGCUUUUGAAGCAUUAGUUGUCCCUGCGUUUAACAGGAUAUAUUUGCUGACCAAUUUUUGUAGCUCAAUGUCUUUCUUUUUUGUAAGUUUCUGUAUUGCAUUUUUUCAUUGCUGAAUAAUUUUUUACACAUAAAUCUACUCCUUUAAGUAGAUAGGCAGUGUGCUAAAAUUCAAAUUUUCUAUCUAUUUUGUUAUAGUAUCGGAGAUCAAGGUCGUUUUAGCUGUAUUUUUUUGUGAAAAUUGACCAGGAAGUGUAGGAUAAAUAUUUCUCAACCUUGUGCCAAGUUGUAGGCCAAAAAGUUUUUGUAAGAAUUCUUCCAUCAGUAUAAACUAAAGCCAAGGUACCUAUCUCAAAUUUUAUGAGCAAUUACAACAUCGAAUUCACUUUUUAGGAAAUCGUGUAAAAUAAAAAAAACAAAUUAUGCAUAUCCAAGAAGAAAGUAGUUUUUAGAAACGAAUAGGAGGUGCUUUGAAGAGUUCUUCGAAAACUCUUACUUAUGGUAUUCUAGUUUUAAUAAGAAAAGUGAGGUAUUCGUCCACAAAUUGACAAAAUUGAAUUUUGAAAUAUUUAUUUGGCUGCUAGAACAGACUAUAAUCCACGCCAUUAUAAGUUUAAAAGGAAGAGCAACUAGAAUCUUUCUCCCUGACGAUUUUUUUCUGCUGGUUUUGACAAGCUGGUCUAUAUUAACCUUCCGCUUUUCCCCUUUUCAAUCUAGGUAUUGGAAAUGUUGUAAUUUGUCCUGUAUAGAAUGUCAUACUCCUGUGUUGUUUAACUCUGGAACUCAAGUAAAUUUUAAAUUUUGCCCACUGUUUUAUGCAAUAGCACUCAUAAAGUUUGAUUGUGUCAACUGGAAAAGAACCAUUUACUCAUUGCCAAAAGCCAAAUUUUCUACUAGAGUAAAACUCAUCUUUUGUGAGUUCUCUUACUUUUAUCAUAGUUCGCAGAUUAUAUACUUACACUUGUUAAAUGUGUACUAAAGUUCCAAAGUCUAACUUUUUUACUGUCAGAAUCAUUGUAAUUUUUUAUUUCUUCCUUAUUUCUUGAAUUAAUAGUUUUGCCAGGAUAGUGUUUAAUGAAAUAUAAACAAAAGGAGAUUAGGAGUAACACAUAAUUUUAGACUUUCGUAAUUUACAAUUUAAAGACUGAAGUUGAUCCUGAAAUUUAUUUUUCCAAGUUAUCAGCAUAGAAUUAGCCUUGUCAUAUGGAAGUUCUCCCAAAAAAUUCUUAUUUUCUCCAGUAUUGUGGGCGCCUUUUAACCCUUCAAGAAUUUUUAAGUUUGUACCCUCUCUCUCUCUCUCUCUCUCUCUCUCCCCAUACAUUUUUAGCUCAAUGCAUCACAAGUUUCUUCGUCCAAAAGAAUUUUUUAUUUUUUCCCCUUUAAUUUCUUCAUUUCGGUGAAGUUAAUGAAUAAUUUACAACUCUAUCAGUAAAAUUUGAAGUGCCUUUGUUAUUUUUUCAUUUACAUAUUUUUUAUAAAAAUGUAAAAUGUUAAAUUUCAGGAACUCCUAACUCAAAAAGCGAUCAGGAUUAGUCAAAUUUUACUUGUGUUCUAAUUGUGUAGGAGGAGUCGCUGUGAAUUUCCAGCACUCUUUUUGAUGACGUUUCUUUAUCAAUAAUUGAAGAGUCUUAAAAUUUGGUGCAGAUCACUUUUAACUGUGAUAUUCUCUUUCAAUAAUUAUCAUUCAAUAAACUUAAGCAAAAGACAGUUGCAACAAACCUUGUCUCCAUAAGAAAUUUUUGGGCAGUUGGCUGCUGGAACAAUCACCAUGAACGAAUCUUCCUAUUAUAUAUCCAGAACUCUGGAGUAGGUAUGAAUAAAAGUAGUAAGCAACAUAUUUCCUCUUUAAAAGUUUACGAGGAAAACGAAUCACACAGUGGGGUGUACGAAAUAAACUCUUGAGCAAGGUAUUAGUGUUUCCAAUUAAUAUUGUUUUAAUCGCAAAAAUACAAAUAGCGUAAUUUGUAUAGUCUAAUUUCCAUUUGAUCUGUGCUAAAAAUACUUAUUCUUGUUCAAGAGUUGGUUUCUCUUGUCAAGAGUUGGAUCCUAAUUUUUCGGUUGCGUGAAUUGUUUUCUAUAUAAGAUUUUGAGGAGAAAACCUCUGAUGUUUUUUCUUGUUUAGACCUUGCCUAUAUUUCCUCACUUAUCCAGCAGUAUUUCUUUGGUGUCUUGUAUUUUGCAAUGCAAUUAGUUUGUUUCAUUUCCCCUUUAAGAUUCUGCAGCAAAGCAUUCUGUCCUACUUGCCACAGAUGCUAAUUACAUGAAAUUGUCCUUUACAGAAAAGACCCUCUUCAGGAUUGUUUUCUUUAUCUAAUGGUAUUGUACCUUGAGAAGUUAAGGUACCUAGAUAGGCUUUUGGAGGGAUUAAUAAUUUUGUUAGUUAUCUCGGGUAGUCCCAAUUCUAAGUAGCGUUUUUAACCCAAAAGUAUUUUUUUCAAUAUUUCAACUUCAAGUAUGUAUGUACUCAAAACAUUACUAUCUAUUUUAACCAAUAGAAGAAUUUAAACCAGGAUUUCAUCUAUUCGGCCAUGAUGAGGGAAGAAAAGUUAUUUUUAACCGAAAAAUUUUGAAGUAAGAAUCCUCCAAUGAGAUGUAAUUACAAAUAGUAUUUUUAUACUUUAAAGUAACUCCACUUAUAGAGUUAAAACGAUUCCUUCAAGACUGCAUUUAUUCUUAUAUAUAUCAAGAUACCUGCAAACUCAGAUUUUUCAGGAAAAUGAAAAAAACUUAAAUAUUUAUCAAUGUAUACGGAAAACAGGCUGAUUUAUUUCUGAAGACUGAAGAUAGGAAACGAAACCCGAUUGUGCCUGCUGUUUUCAAUCGUGUUCAUUCUUUUAACAGUGAAUGUACUGCACUGUUACUCCUGUUAAUCAGUGAAGUAAAUUUUCAUUGCAUAUUUUUUUUUUCGUCACAGAAAGUAAGACUUUUUCGUCAAAAAACAUCGCAUUUGAAUGCGCUGUAAUGAGGUUAGGACUGUGUUAAUUUCUUAUAAAAAGUUUGUUUGUAUUUUUCAAAGCAGGUAGUCCAUACACUCGUACCUAGAGCUUAAAAGAAAAAAAAUAAGAAUAUAUAUUCUUGAAGGACAAUGAACUCUAGUGUCUUGUGUUCGUAUGAUCAUCAUAACAAAUUUCUCACUAAAAGAUUUUCUUGGUUACCCAAACUUCAGUGAAAACUGCACAUCAGAAUUUCACUCUUUUCUAGUGUCUUUUAUUUCUGUGAUACCUCCGCCUUUAAUGUGUCUAUGAUGCUUGAAGAAAACAAAAGCAAGGACCUUAAAUUUUUUUGAUGCCUAUCCUUUAACUUCUGCAACAAAUGCUACAAGUUUUUAUUUGUAUUGCUGUAUUUAGUAUCUGAGGUGUCACUCUUUAUAGCAAUAACACAAAAGGCGCAAUUUGUGAGGUUUUAAAUUUGUCACUUGUAAAUUCAUGUUCGGCAGUGGAGCGCCUCUACUUUAUGAUACUUGUGUGCUAAUGAUAUUAGCAUUAAAAUUCUGUCUUACUGUUGCUGCUUAGCUGGCAAUAUAUCUAACGUAAUCUUGUGCAUUACUGCUUACCAGUAUACCUCAUACAUCCAGUCUUUCUUGUUGGAAUUGUGGAAUAUGAUGUCAAUACUCUGCCCCGCUACAGAAGAGAGAAAGAAUGCUUAAAUUUUCGAACUCUAGUUUUUCUCAAAAUUCGUCCAAUUUAAUUUGUUGAACUCAUCCCUGAUUUAGCUAAAACAGUAAAACUUGUCUUAUUUGUAUGGAAACGAGACCCAUGAGAAAGCAGUCAGUGCGCAAAAAAGGACGUGUUUUCUCACCAAACAGUAGUAAUGAGGCUUAUUCUGCCAAAGAACUGUACUGAUUGAGAAAAAUGGUAUUCUUUUCUGCCAAUUUCUAAACUCAAAGUUUGUAUGUUUUGUGUCCAAAAUGCAACCCAGAAAGAACGCAGAGGCCAGCACUUACGACUGUUUUGCACAACAUGAAAAUGAAAAAAGCCCUCCUUAUUUAGUUCAAAGUAAAAUUCGUCGAAUUUAACAAUCCAAACGAUUUCUGAGAGUCUUUUGAAUGAUUGGUGCCAAUUUUACCAAGUAUGAAGGUUUCUUCCAUUAAAAUUUUCCACUCAGACGCUACUAAGCCCAUUUUCUCAAAACUUCAUUUUCGCUCUCACUGCUUUCUUUGGACCUUUUUCUCAAAAAUUUAUUUUCGCUCUCACUGCUUUGUUUAGCAGGAUUGCUCCCGUUUCAUUGCUCUGAAAUACCUUUUUUCUUUUGCAAGAAAAAUAAGCCAGUUCAAUUCCUAUCAAUAUUUGAAGGGUGCUAAAUCUAUGAAACAGCCCUUUUGCCACGUUACUUUUCUGUGUGACCCUUUGCCAAAUUUGAUUAUUGUCUUACUAGGUGGGACACCUUGUAACAUUUUGUAGGUACCUCAGUUUCUAUUGCAGUUGGAAAUCAUAAUGUUUGAUUUUAUCUUAUCAGGAAAUUGUGCGAAGUUUUUAACUUAUAUUUAUAUUAGUGAUAUCAUUUAUUUCAUAACUCCUUGAUCAUUGAUUUACCUUUGUGAAUUUUGUCUUCCUCGGUUUUGGUAGUGUUUCCUAGAAGCAAUUGCGUUUGAUUAUCAAAAAACUAUUACCCUGAUACCUAAUUAUUCAGUUUGCCUUUGGUUUUUCUAACGUUCAGUGUCUGGAAAAAGAUUGACCUCUGUGCAGGUUUGUCUCCCUUACCGCGCGUACAACAUAAUACGAUCUAGAUCUUAACCCAACCGGUCGGUUUGCAAUUCUCUCAAGAAGUUACAAUCACCAGCUUCUCUGACAAAACCUUUCGUUGUUAUUGUUUUCUCUUAUGUUAUAUUUUUAUGAUGUUUCUAUGUUAAUUUUUUCAUAUUUAUAUAUUUAUAAGCUUUUUUCAAUUCUGCACUUAUUUCAAUUGAUUAUCAUCCUUCCUUUACUGUAAGUAGAUUUUUUAACAGAUGAGUUUUCUGCUGGGAUGGUAGCAAGUCUUUGUUCUUACUUUAGGUAAUAAUUCGACAGUUUUCAUUUUACUGCACCAAAUAUGUUUUAUUUCACGUAAUGAACCUUAAUAAAGCUAGACUUAAUCUUUAA